GUCAGGUCUAUCUCCACAACGACCUUGACCAAGGUUAAAGGGGAAUUUUUGGGAAAUAGUUGGGGAUUUUCUCAGACCUGGGGGAAAUUUGAGGUUUGGUGCCAUUAUCCCGAAAUUUCCCCAAAGUUCACUAUAGCGGCUUCCCCAAAAUUCACCGAAAGUUGUUCAAACGUUUGCCAGAUUUGGGAGCUCGGGAUGUUUGAAUUUAAAUUCUAUGCGAACAGUGAUGACAAAGAAUUCAAGCGGCAUGACAUUGUGACGUAUUCUAACUUAGUUCAAUCACUCACUUUAAGUGAUGGUUACAGAGAUGUUUUAAAUUUGCGCACAGAUUUUCAUGCAAUCGCAAACGGUUCAAAACUGUGGUACAUUGCUGAAUCUGUUCUCGAUGAUUAUCUACGCAAACUGCCCAAAAGUGAACUCAAUGUAUUCGACGCUGUUCACGCACGUGAGGAUGUCAAACCCGGCUUCAUUGAAGGUGGUUUUACUCUGUGGGAUGGCAGCAAGGAUCUCGUCGAUUACAUAUCAAAAUAUUUUUCGGAAAGAAUGUGUGGAAAAAACGUCUUAGAACUAGGUUGUGGUUGUGGACUACCAGGUAUAUUCGCUAUCAAGGCUGGUGCCCGCUUAGUUAGGUUCCAAGAUUACAAUUCCGAAGUUUUAAAGUGCUGGACUAUUCCUAACGUCAUCAUUAAUUCAGGAUCUCAAAAUGAUGCUGAUAACCACAAUGAACACACUCAGUUGGAAUUCUACAGCGGGGACUGGUUUCAUCUUUCAAAGCUUUGGCAGUCAAGCGCCAAUGUGAAGUUUGACUAUAUCUUUACUAGUGAAACAAUUUACCGCACAGACCUAUAUGAAAGAUUGCACAACAUACUUGAAACUAGUCUAUGUCAAUCUGGGAUCGUUUUGUUAGCUUGUAAAGCUUCUUACGGACCUGGAGGUAACAUUUUUGACUGGUUAACUUAUGUCGAGAAUCUAGGCGUGUUUCAGACAACUACUUUCAAAUUGACAACUUCUGGGGUAAUGCGAUACAUCGUGAAAAUGAUCAGAGCUUAAUUUGUUUCGAUCAACUUGUUUUGUAUAUUCUUUUUGUUCCGACUUAAUAAAUAAGAUAAAUGUUGACCGU